AUGGUCAACAAUUCGGACUUGCGUUUGGCAAAGAGCUCUUUGAAUGGUCACAACUCCCAAGGAAUAACACUUGCUCAGCCCGAAAGUCCACUAUCUCGUGGAGAAUCCAGUGGAAUGUUUGAAACCAGGCGACAACACGUCAUGAAUACAGUAACUAUAAACCAAGACGGUUUUGCCCUCAAGCACAUGGACGAGCUAUUGGCCAAGUUGAAAUUCGAAGACAUGAUUGACGAUGAAGUUCAAGUGGUCCCAAGUCCGGUUGUGAAACUUCCUUGGAUUAGUCCACACACCUCUAAACUUCUCAACGAAUCAAAAGUAGAGACUUAA